AUGUCAGCGACACAACUCCUCAACCCGAAAGCACAAAGCGCUCGCCGAGGCGAGGCUUUGCGAAUCAACAUAAAUGCGGGCGAAGGCCUACAAGAUGUCCUCAAAUCGAACCUUGGCCCGUCCGGCACGCUCAAGAUGCUGGUGGACGGCUCCGGUCAAAUAAAACUGACCAAGGAUGGAGCAGUGUUGCUGAAAGAGAUGUCUAUUCAAAACCCCACCGCCACGCUCAUCGCCCGAGCGGCAACCGCACAAGAUGACAUUACCGGAGACGGGACCACGUCGGUGGUGCUGCUGAUCGGAGAGCUUCUGAAGCAGGCAGACAGAUAUAUCCAAGAGGGACUCCAUCCACGAGUCAUCACGGAUGGCUUUGAGAUCGCAAAGGCCGAGACACUGAAAUUCCUAGAUCAAUUCAAAAUUACCAGAGAAGUGGACAGAGAGCUGCUGUUGUCAAUUGCCCGGACAUCGUUAUCAACCAAGAUCAAUGCGGCGCUCGCCGAACAAUUGACGCCUUCAAUAGUCGACGCCGUCCUGGCCAUCCACCGACCGCCCAAUAAACCCGACCUGCACAUGAUUGAGAUCAUGAAACUGCAACACAAACUCAGUUCUGACACACAGUUGAUCCGGGGUCUCGUCCUGGACCACGGUGCGAGACAUCCCGACAUGCCGAAGCGGGUAGAAAACGCCUAUAUCCUAACCUUGAACGUCUCGCUCGAGUACGAAAAGUCCGAGAUCAACUCUGGAUUCUACUACAGCAGCGCCGAGCAGCGGGACAAACUAGUGGCUUCGGAGCGGCGAUUUGUGGACGAGAAGCUGAAGAGAAUCAUCGACCUCAAGAACGAGGUCUGCGGCUCCGACCCCAAAAAGGGGUUCGUGGUCAUUAACCAGAAAGGUAUCGAUCCGCUGUCUCUCGACGUGCUGGUGAAGAACGGCAUUCUGGCUCUCCGCCGCGCGAAACGCCGCAACAUGGAACGCCUGCAACUCGUCUGUGGCGGACAAGCGCAGAACAGUGUGGAUGAUCUCGACCCGUCCGUGCUAGGCUGGGCCGGUCUAGUGUACGAGCACACGCUGGGAGAGGAAAAAUUCACAUUCGUUGAAGAAGUCAAGGAUCCUAAAUCCGUGACACUCUUGAUCAAGGGUCCCAACCAGCACAGCAUCACACAGGUCACAGACGCGGUGCGUGACGGCCUACGCAGUGUGUACAACACGAUCGUGGACGGUUGCGUGGUUCCGGGUGCUGGAUCUUUCCAGAUCGCGGCUGCCACUCAUCUCUCCUCCGAGGCAGUACGAAAGUCCGUCAAGGGAAAGGCGAAGUGGGGUGUCGCCGCCUUCGCUGACGCGCUUCUCAUCAUUCCCAAGACGCUUGCGGCGAACAGCGGACAUGACAUUCAAGACGCCCUGGCCGCACUGCAGGAUGAGCACGUGGAAGGCAAUGUCGUAGGCUUGGACCUGGUGACUGGGGAGCCGAUGGACCCUGUGCAGGAAGGCGUGUUCGAUAGUUUCCGGGUCCUACGAAACAGCAUUGCCAGUAGCCAGGGUAUUGCCAGUAACCUGCUGCUGUGCGACGAACUGUUGAAAGCGCGGCAGAUGGGUCGGCAGCCUGCGCCAGGUGGGAUGGAUCAGGAAUAA